AUGUUACACACUUUACAAAGGAAGGAGGGUAAGAACAGGAUCAUCCUCGGGACCAUGACCUUUGGUCCUGACGAGUCUAAGGGAGCGCGUAUCACCUCUCUAGACGAGUACAAAAAACACCUCGACUACUUCCAGUCUCAAGGUUAUAAUGAGAUUGAUACCGCUCGAGUAUAUAUCGGAGGACAACAAGAAGGUUGGACCGCUCAAGCUGGAUACAAAGAAAGAGGUCUCAAGAUCGCCAGUAAAUGGUAUCCAUCCGAAGCUGGGGCUCACAAAGAGGCCAAGGUGAAGGAGAUCGUGAAUAAGAGUCUGGAAGAAUUGAAAGCGGAGAAGACGGAUAUUUACUAUCUGCAUGCUGCCGAUCGUACCACACCUUUCCAUGAGACUCUCAAAGCCAUCAAUGACCUCCACAAGGAGGGUAAAUUCGACACUUUCGCUAUUAGUAACUUCACUGCCGCUGAGGUAGCUGAAGUCUGCACAAUCUGUCAAUAUGAGGGAUGGGUCAGACCAACCUUAUAUCAAGGAAUGUACAACGCUGUGUGCCGAGGAGCCGAACCAGAACUCUUACCUGUUCUCAGACGAUUCAAGAUCGAUUGGGUGGUAUAUAACCCUAUCGCUGGUGGAUUGCUCAGUGGAAAAUACAAGAGCGAAGAUCCUCCUAAGGAUGGUAGGUUCGGUACGGAGUCGUCUACCGGAGCGAAUUAUCGAGCACGAUAUUUCCGACCUGCCGCUUUUGAUGCCCUGGAAGUCAUCGAGAAAGCGAUCAAACCCCAUAAUCUCACCAUGGUGGAAACAGCUUUGAGAUGGUGUGUCCACCAUUCCCAAUUGAAAUUGGCAAGCAAAGGUGGAAAUGAUGGUAUCAUCAUUGGUGUAUCUUCAUUUUCACAAUUGGAAUCCAAUCUUGCCGAUCUGGAGAAAGGACCUUUACCCGACGACGUGGUAAGAGCCUUGGACGAAGCUUGGCUGAUCUGCAAAGCCUCUGCUGUUCCAUACUGGCAUGGGGAGAACAAAUACGCCUACGAGCUAACUGAUGAUUUGUACGGAAAGAAGUAA